AUACCAUGCAGGCUAUGUAGAUUAGUGUAGCAGUUAGUGAAACGCUGCGUAAAGUUAGCGCCAUAGUCACGACUUCUUAACUAACGGGAAAAGCAAGAAAAUAGGUGUUGGGCUCAACCCGCCUUCCGUCCAUCAAAAAUGACUAUUGAUGAAAGUGGUAUUGAGCUAUUUGUUAGCGGACGACUCUGUCUCUUCGGAGAACACACCGACUGGGCGGGAGAGCACAAAGGACGGAAUGAGUCAAUCUUAGAGGGCAAGACAAUUGUGGUGGGCACUCAGGAGGGCAUCUAUGCAGCCGCAAAGCGCCUUGAAGAAAAGGUGCUUCGGAUAACAACAACAGACAACCAUGGGAACAAAACCGGACCGGAGGAGCUCAUCCUGGAGCCCGCAGCGUUAUUGGCUGUUGCCCGCGCCGGCGGCUUCCUGAGCUAUGUUGCGGGCACCUGCUACCGGCUGCUUGUGUCUCACGAGGUGCCCGGCGGCCUGCAGCUGGACAACCACACCACCACGCUGCACAUGUCCAAGGGCCUUUCCUCCUCAGCGGCAAUCUGCGUCAUGGUGGCUCGCGCCUUCAACCGCGUGUUCGACCUGCGGCUGACCACCCGGGGCGAGAUGGAGCUGGCCUACCUGGGGGAGGUGGCCACACCGUCCAAGUGCGGCCGCAUGGACCAGGCGUGUGCGUACGGCAGUGUGCCGGUGCUGAUGACCUUUGACGCGGACAUCCUCACGGUGCAGCGAGUGCAGCUGGCGGCCCCGCUGCACCUGGUGCUGGUGGACCUGGGGGCGACCAAGGACACCACCACCAUCCUGCGCAGCCUGCAGAGGGCGUACCCAAAGCCGGAGACGCCCCACCAGGAGGGCCUGCACCGGCUGCUGGGCCCCCUCAACCACCGCAUCACGGGGCAGGCGCUGCAGGCCAUGGCAGCGGGGGACACGAGGAGGCUGGGUGAGCUAAUGCUUGAGGCUCAGCGCCUGUUUGACGAGCUGGCGGGUCCGCUGUGCCCCGAACAACUUACCGCGCCUGUGCUGCACAAGGUGUUGUCGUACGCCGGCAUCCAGGAUCUGAUCUGGGGUGGCAAGGGGGUGGGCUCGCAGGGGGACGGCACCGCGCAGCUGCUGUGCAGGGGCCCGGAGGAGCAGGCAAAGGUGUGCGCUGUCCUGACCUCCGAGCUGGGUAUGGAGUGCAUGCCGCUCACCGUCAACCCCGUGGCCGCGGGGUGAGGGGGGGUGGGGUGGGGAAGCUGCUGCUGGCGGUGGUGGUGGUGCGGAGCCGGGAGCUGAGCACCCCUGCACGAUUGGACACAGAAGCAGCAGCCUGUCGGGCUGGGCAGUCGGGCGGCAGGCAGCUGCUAGUGCUGCCAGUUAAUAUGGUGGAUAGUCAGGCGCGAUGUACGGUGAAGUGGUGGUCGAGGCAGGAAGAGGCGGCUAGCAUGCAUGCCCAGGAAAGAGGGGCCCCGACAGACAUGAUUGGUGAUCUUAAUGUGCGCGCAUGAAAUGCAGGUUGCGUGAUUCCCUCGACGUGAGAUUGUUACGCAUGCUGGUAGGGGCAUUCAUGUCCCUAUGUCUUGCUCGCAGGAGGCGUGUGUGGUACAUGAAACAUAAUCUCUGUUUCCAUGAACCUGGGUUGGCAGGUGGCGAGUGGGUGACCGUGAUCGUGGGGCUUGCAUGGCCUCCUGGUUUGGCGGCUUUCUUGCGUCGACCACCAAUGCCCGCGGCACUAUUCGAGCUAGGACCCCUACGACGGUCUGUCUUUGGGUGGUGGUGACAGCUGUACGUGAAUUUCCGCAGCUUUGGAAAUCAACAUC